AUGGGGAAUUCCACAGUAAACCCCGAAGCUCUCGUCCCAAAGUUCAAACUCACUCGUAUUCUGAAUCAAGACCAAGCCGGACGCCGCAGUGUACUCUACGGCACGAUAGACUCCUCACCCGCGAUCCUAAUCCUCGAACGAGCCCCUUUUCCUACCUCUGAAACCUACCUCUCUCAAUUGCCUUCCACUCUAUCGUCAAUAAAGAAUCUUGGCGCGAACGAUGUAUACUUCUGGUACCUCGCCAACAGCUCUCCCUACACAUCAGACGGACAGCCAGCAGACUUCGCCGAUCUAAAGAUCAAUCUAAUAUAUCCGUGUACGGAGCAACACGUGAAGAAGUACAGCAAGCAAGGUGUACGAAUGGUUGUCGAGACGCCGGAGAUUUACAGGGAGCAUGUCAGACCCUACAUGCUAAGCAAACGCGAGCAAGGACGGCUGAAUUGGGUGUGGAACAUAAUUGAUGGAGAAGCGGAAGUGGAAGAUGUGAUAUAUAGGACUCCACGGGGAAGGGAUGGAGACGAGGGUUUCCUGCUAACGCCAGACUUGAACUGGGACCGAAAGACGAUGGAGGGACUACAUUUGCUGGGGUUGGUGGAACGGAGAGAUAUUUGGAGCUUGAGAGAUCUUAAGAAGAAGCAUAUUCCGUGGUUGCGGCAUAUGAGGGAGAAGCUGCUGCAAGCUACGGUCAAGACUUAUCCGGAGCUGGAGGAGGAUCAACUGAAGCUCUAUGUUCAUUACCAGCCGACAUAUUACCACUUCCAUAUCCACAUUGUUCAUGUGGCGUUGGAAGCUGGUAAUACACAAGCGACAGGAAAGGCGAUUGGAUUGGAGAGUAUCAUGGAGCAGUUAAGAACGAUGGAGGGAGACGAAGAUGCUGGUAUGGAGAAAGUUGAUUUGCAUUAUACACUGGGCGAAGCUAGUGAGCUAUGGACGGAGAUAUUCGGGCCUCUGAAGCAG